AUUUAUCCAUUUGGAACAAAAUCAACUUCCCGCGAACGCCGACAAUGGAGGCGCUGUAUCUCUCCACUUCAGCACCAACCGUUCUUCCAUUUCGGAAAACCGUUGGCUCUCGAACCAUUUCAAAAUCCUCGAUUCCCUUCCCUUCUUCAUCAAAGUCUCGAUUCGCAACGAUUUGCAGGCAAAGAAUUGAUGGAGAAGAUACGCCUCUCUCCAAUGCUAUGGAUGCUUACAGAUUGUUCGGCGUCGACCCGACCUGCUCCGAAUCCGAGCUCAAAGCCGCUUUUCGAGCUAAAGUGAAGCAAUUCCAUCCAGACGUGAAUAGAGAUGGAAAUUAUUCCGAUUCUAUGAUUCGUCGUGUAAUUCAGGCGUACGAGAUGUUGUCAAGUUGCAGCCGAACCGAGUUCAUUGAGAGGGAAUGUUUAGAUCCUUUUGAAAACCCAGAAUGUGAUGCAUUUGAUGUCUUUGUUAAUGAGUUUCUUUGUGUUGGAAAAGGCUGCCCAUAUUCGUGUGUAGACAGAGCUCCCCAUGCCUUCACUUUUGCUUCGUCCACCGGGACAGCCCGGGCGACUUCUCAAGGACACGGUGAAGAUUAUCAGGUUCAAAUUGCAGUUGGCCAAUGCCCCAGAAGCUGUAUACAUUAUGUAACACCUUUGCAAAGAAUCAUUCUGGAAGAGCUACUUGACAGUGCCUUGGAUGUGCCAUAUGAUAAUUCAGCAGAGGCAGAUUUACUAUAUUCUCUUAUAGUGAAAUCAAAAUUCGAGAAUAAUCGAUACAGAAAGCCGAAGAGGGAGCCAAAGACGUCGACCGAACGAGUCGAUUGGUAUUGAAAUCUUGAUUUUACCGUCUCGUGUUGAACUGAAUCAAGAAGAAACCAAUGCAGGGCUAUCCAUCGAGUAAAGGGAGGUUUUACUACAGUGAUUCGAGCGGUUGGUGUUGGUGUCCUCUUCCUCUUCGAGAGUUGCGGGUCUUUCUGCAUGAGUGGUAGCUCACGCGCAAAACUCCUCGUACAUGAGUUCUAGUCGUUGCGCAGCGGUCUGUUUCUUGACUUCGCUUGCGCGAUGAUGAUUGGUUUCAUCCAUCCUCGACCCUAAUGAAAUUGAGUAUUCCAGUGGGUAGGGUUUGAUGGAUAGAGCGCCCGCCUCCUCUUCAGACGUGUUCGACCAUAU